UUGACUUCUGUGGGCACUUGUACACCUGGUACACUUACUCGGGUACAUACAAAUACACAUAAAACUAAAUAAUGUAUUCUUAAAUUGGGUUUUAUAAUAUUGCCUAACGAUUCAAUAAGGCCUUACAAUGAUGUACCUAAGUCAGGCUUUUCUGCCUUUCAAACAUGGCACGGUCGACUUUUAAGGUUGUAUUAGCAUUUGGCUUCUAAAUACCCCCCCGGGGGCAAGGAAGGUAAGUGACUAAUAGCCAGGCCCAUUGAAAAUUAAUCCUAGAAUUCGGGAUUCUUGCUAGUGUCUAUAGGACAGCGCAAGAAAGCCUGAAUCAAGUUAGCCAGGCCCGAAGGAGAACAGUUAAAAAGGGGCAUUGGAGCUGGAGAGGGUUCCCAUUUAGCAAAGGCUGCGAGACCGGCAGGCUCAGGGCGAUGAAAUAAACGCAGGAGGUCCUCCAUGAAGGUAGAUUUGCCACGUUAGCGGAGAGAGGCGAUCAGAACAGCAGCGGCGGCAGCGAAGAAGUCGCAGGCUUCACUCUUCAGACCCUUGGCCUAGAACUUGGAGGCCCGCAGAAGGCCACACUUGCCCCCAGGCCACCCACGCCCCCAUUCACCCGCACUGCGCCGUUAUCCGUCUGACUGACACCUCGCCCAGCCAAUGAUCUUCGGGGCUUCAAAAGAGCCCGCCUCCAGGAGCUGGGCGUGGCGAACAAGCAAAAUGACAAACAUCUUCGCCAAUAGUGAGGAGGGCGCGGGCGCUGCGGCUGUGCUGACCAAUGAGGAGGAGGAACAGUUUGGAAAGGACGUACCCGGCAGCCAACGCUCGUCGCCGCUGCGGGGUCUCGUGGCUUCCGUUCCGAGAGGGCGGGCCGGCAUCCCAAACGGAAGGUGGUAGUUGCUGCCCGAGCUGGUUUGAAACUGGUGGUCGGGCCGGCCGAGUGUGUCUGUGCGUGUAGCCGACGACCCGCCGGAGGGCUAGGCCGUUCCUGCCCGCCCCGGCCCCGCCUCCCCUCGGAUCCGCGGACCCAAGCCCGGCUCCCCGCCCUUCUCGUGCCCCAGCCCGCCGCCUCUCCGGCCGGCUCUGCGGCCCAGCCGCCACCAUGUCCCUGCACGGCAAACGAAAGGAGAUCUACAAAUAUGAAGCGCCCUGGACUGUGUACGCCAUGAACUGGAGCGUACGGCCGGACAAGCGCUUUCGCCUGGCGCUGGGCAGCUUCGUGGAGGAGUACAACAACAAGGUUCAGCUUGUUGGUUUAGAUGAGGAGAGUUCAGAGUUUAUUUGCCGGAACACCUUUGACCACCCAUACCCCACCACAAAGCUCAUGUGGAUUCCUGACACAAAAGGCGUCUAUCCAGACCUUCUGGCAACAAGUGGUGACUAUCUCCGUGUGUGGAGGGUUGGUGAGACAGAGACCAGGCUGGAGUGCUUGCUAAACAAUAACAAGAACUCGGACUUCUGUGCUCCCUUGACCUCCUUUGACUGGAAUGAGGUGGAUCCUUAUCUUCUAGGUACCUCAAGCAUUGACACAACCUGCACCAUCUGGGGCCUAGAGACUGGGCAGGUCCUGGGGCGAGUGAAUCUCGUGUCUGGCCAUGUGAAGACCCAGCUAAUUGCUCACGACAAAGAGGUCUAUGAUAUUGCGUUCAGCCGAGCCGGAGGUGGCAGGGACAUGUUUGCCUCUGUGGGUGCUGAUGGCUCUGUGAGGAUGUUUGACCUCCGCCAUCUGGAACAUAGCACUAUCAUUUACGAAGACCCACAGCAUCACCCACUGCUUCGCCUCUGCUGGAAUAAGCAGGACCCUAACUACCUGGCCACCAUGGCCAUGGAUGGAAUGGAGGUGGUGAUCCUGGAUGUUCGAGUUCCCUGCACACCUGUCGCCAGGCUAAACAACCACCGAGCAUGUGUCAAUGGCAUUGCUUGGGCCCCACAUUCGUCCUGCCACAUCUGCACUGCAGCGGAUGACCAUCAGGCUCUCAUCUGGGACAUCCAGCAGAUGCCUCGGGCCAUCGAGGACCCUAUUCUGGCCUACACAGCUGAAGGAGAGAUCAACAAUGUACAGUGGGCUUCAACCCAGCCUGACUGGAUCGCAAUCUGCUAUAACAACUGCCUGGAGAUACUCCGUGUGUAGUGUUGGCCCCUCACCUACCAGGCAGGGGCUUGUGUGUUCCAGCCUCUGUCCCCUUCCCUCCCCACGUAAGAAGAUGUUUCCAGUGGCCAGUAUGUCUGUUGUUGCUUUACACCCACCAUGUCUAGAAGCUGCUGUAGGAGUCCAGGCCAGUUACCCUUUGCUGUCUGUGCUGGACUGUGCUGUGUGGCGCCACCGCAGCCCAGGGCUGGGUUUUAAGAUUUUCACUCCUUUCUUCUUCUUUGCUUCUUCAAUUAAACAUUUCUGUGUAUUUGUUUGUCAACUGUUGUGUUCAUGAACAGUACAAGUACUGGCUCUGUUUGUGUCCAUUUGCCCCUGAUGUCUGUCUGUUUACUGCCCAAGGCAGUAGCCCCUGUCUUGUCCCCAUCCAUGUCCAUGCUAGCACUUAAGUGGGAACAAAUGCCAACUUCAGAUUGUCUUUCCUCCUGCUAUCAGUGUCUUUUAACAAACCUCAACUUUGUAUAUUUUUAUCUAUCAGGCUAAUUUUUUUAUGAAAAGAACUUAAUCUUCCUGGUUUCUUGGUUUCCCAGUCCUCCCUACCUCUUUGUACCUUCUUCUCUUCCCUCAGUGCCUGCAGUGGGUACUGGACCCUAGACCCCAAGAGCAGUUUGCCUUCUGAGUCACUGCCUGAGUGGCACACCCUUGACCAGGAGUUCACAACUGCCCUGGUGCUCUAAAGUCUGCUGACUCACCAACCUUUUCUCAGUUUGGGUCUCCUGAAGGCCCACACAGGUCCAGGAUAUACAGGAAGCCUUCUGUUCCACCCUCAUGUUCCUCUCUCUGGCUUCACUAAUGAGUACCUGGUGGAGCUGAGAUAAGCAGGGGCCAGGCUGAAGGAGAAUUGUUUCAGGAAAACUGAAUUUACAUUGUGUUUCCAGUACCUGGUUUUAGAAUCUAUUUUUCCAUUUUAGAACUUGAACGAUAGGCAAGAAAACUCUCUAAGCUAAGUUUUGCUGUUUCUGUUUGUUAAGUUUCCUCUGCUCGGUGGGAUAUUGGCCCAUCUUUGGAUUGAUUGCUCAGAAUGUGAGACUUCCUGAGAGGAGCCAUCUGUGCUUGACCCUGAACAGGACCUUUAGACUGAGAUAGACAAGCAGUUGUCAUAAAGGAUGGGCUGUGGUGAUCGCAGUAACCAAGUAAAUGGCUACAAAAGAAUCAAGGGCCCCAGAGUCAGGCAGCUAAGAUUCUCCACACCUGUGGCACGUGCCUCACCUCAGUUUAGAUUCUGAGCAGUAUUGGACUUUGCAGGCUGCAGUUGGCCAGGCUGACUUCCAGGCCUCAGGUGUCUGUUUCCGUUACAUUAGUGGGUUCCAUGGAUGGAACUUGCAUGUGCUUCUGGUCUUUGAUGAGUCCCUGGCAGAGUCUGGGGCAUGGUCUUGGGGAGAGUGUUCCUGGCUCGUGCCCUGCUGAGCUGCCUGCAGGUCUCUCAGACUCUCUGACUGGAGGAGGGUAGCAGGCCUGAAAGCUGAUGGUUUUGCACACUCACGCUGCCAUUGCUGGAGAAAUAAAUGUUGACUCAUUCUGUUGGGCACAUGGACUCUCUGGCUGAGUCUUUGCUUGCUUCCUACAGCUGAUGUAGUUGUAUACCAAAAGUCUUAGAUUGCUUCGUUACUUGGGGGCUUCUCCCAAAGGAAAAGCAUUUUCAGUCAGGGUGUUUCCCCUCUGCCUUCCUAGUUUGUCACCCUGAUUUCUGGUCUCUGGCUGGCCAUCUGCUAGAGAUUAAUAUUCCUGCACUAGCGUGUGGUUUGUCUUGGAUCAUUUGCAUAUAGAGAGUACAAUUGUGGUUAUCUCUGCUUUUAGUGGUGUUUGCUAGCUAGGUACAGGCACCUCAAGGGAAGCAGGCUUGCUGAUGGUUGCUGCUGAAGGAGCCCUCAGUUUCUUCCUGGGCUGAGUCUACAGUGGAAGUUAGAGUUGGCAGUGGGCUUCCUGGGCAGCGCCUCUGUUCUGGGUGGACUUAAACUUGGGCUGAAUGAUGAGAUUUGUCAACCAAAACUUGAAAAUGAAGUUUUAAAAGGUUAGCAGUAGUUAUUUAGAAUAGAUUUGUAUGGGACAGCUAUGUGCUUUGGAAACCAACCACUUGUGAUGUUUUUUUCCCAUGCUCUGUGGACGUUUGCCGUCUUUCUUCGGUUUCCUUCUCUACCUGUCACCUGGACCAGGUAAGACUCUUGCUGUCUCCAUCUUCAAAUACACAUGCACCCACAGUUGCAGGGUUGCUGGCAUUUGACGUGCCAGCUCGCUCACCCUCUCUGUAGCGUGCAUAGGUCCUCUGUAGCUGAGAACGAGGUUUCUGUUGCCUUGAGAUGCAGAGAGUUGUGUAGCCUUCCCUGAAGCACAGGUCUGUUAAAGUUUCAAAAGCCACUCUGUGUUUGAAUUUGCCAGUUCUUAGACUGACAGGAGUGAGUGGGACCUCCAGACCUGCGGUCCUCCAGUGGCUGCAAUGCUGUUUUGACUUGGCUUUGGCAGGCUAAACCAAGCUCUGGCCUGUGCUUCCUGUGUCUGCUCUAUGGGAGAUUGCAUGCUCAGUCAGGCUGACAGAGAGCUGACGUGGUGACUGGGUCUGAGGCUUUCAUGGGCUUGAGCUUUUCCCACAGGAGAUUAUUUCUCUCCUGGCCUGCAGGGUUAGGGCUUGAAGAGUGAUGACACAUGACAACUGGGUGGUAAUUUUCUACCAAAAUCAGAAUCAUGUCUCAUAACUUGCUACAAUUUAGGAAGAAUAGGAAAAAAUAAGAAUCCUACAGUGUCUUGAUGAUUGUUACUGCUGAAAUUUGGUAUUUUAAGGUAUAGGAAGAGGAAAUAAUACUGGAGAACAUAGAGGGUCUGAGGGGAGUGAGCCUGUGCCUCAGCAUAGUUUGACCUUCCUGCACCAAUAAUCAAGCUUCUGUAUCACUGGCUAGGGGCAGAGAGAGCCCCUCUGUGCAGCAGCGCUGCUGUAGGCGAUGUCCAGUGGUUAAAUUCUAAGUGUUGGGUAUCCGGACAGCACAUGGUGAAACUGUUGUUUGAGGUGGGUUCUUGUGUUGUAGACCAGGCUGUCCUUGAACUUAGGAUCCUAUUAUUUCAGUCUCCCUGAAUGCUGGGAUCACAGGUCUAUGCCCAGUGUCCAUGGCUCUUCUUGUAGCCCCCCUUCCUCCUUUAUCUUCCCUCCCCUUUUUCAUUUUUCUGUUUUGCGUAUGUGGUGAUGGGGCUCAAAUGCAGGCCCGCACAUGCUAGGCAGAUGUUCUACCAUUAAACUACACUCUCUAGCCACCUUUCUUUCAUUUUUCUUAUAUUUUUCCCUAUUAUCUUUCCACUGUAAAAUGUUCUCCCUGAUGCAUCCUGGGCCCUAGAUUCCUAGGCUGUAAGGACAUGUAGGACUCUGGGAUUUACUAAACAUGGUUGGAAAGUCCAAAACUGCACCUUACUUUCCCCGUUGUGUAAAUAUGGCAGUUCAUUUGCUCACCUGGGUUAGGGUAGAGAGUACCGUUGCAGUAGAGGACUCAAAACACAGCGUUUCCUCUAGAGCCUGUACUCAGCACGAGGACGGUGGGGCAUGCUUGAUGUUUAAGUUGGGGUUUCUGAGAGGAGAGCUGACCUGAGCAAAGUCACCAUGAACCCUGAGCCAGGCUUUCCCAGAGCUGUCCUUGCUGCUCUGGUGAGGCAGCAGCUGAGUGUCUCAUGUCUCUGAGCCUUUUCACCCUGAGCCGUCUACGUUCUCUCUCCCAUACUGUCAUUGCUGCUAAUGGUCAGAGUCAAGCAUAUGGCAUGGCGGAAUGAGCAGGUCUUCCUGGGCUGCCAUCUGGAUGUCACUUUUUAAGUGUGGAAACAUGCGGAUGCCUUCUCCAAGAGACUUGGACUAGUGUGUCAGCCAGGAACAAUAAGCUAAGGGAAGCCUGAACUCCAGAAGGAAGAUAUUGACAGUCUGUGUGACAACUGGAAAAUGUGCCGGCACCCGCCUUUGGGACAACUCGGUGGAGCCGAACUGUGCUAUCUUCCAUUUGAAGGAACGCUCUCACCUUGGGCUGAUUGUGAUGUACAAUGUGAUAAAAAUGGUUGAGCUGAAGCUUUGAAUUGCUUUAGUCACUUGCUUUGGUCCCAUGUAUCUUAUGAUCCCUGUCAGUGACUUUCCCUUGCCCCAGCCUGAGUGUGAAUUAUAGCAUGAUUGUAUAAAUCUCUGUGUAGACAUGGAGAUUUCUUGUUCUACAAAAUGUUAAGCUCUAACUUAUCCACUUCUGUGCCCUUUAUAAUCUCAUGUGUAUGAACUUACUUUCUUACAUAUUUAAACUCUCUUUCUGUUCUAAAGCUUUUGUGGCAUCCCUUGUUCAGCUGGAGAGGAAGCUGUCCCUUUGCAGAACUGUACUGUAAUCAUUUCUCCUCUAUAAAUAUUAUUUUCACAGGGCUGAUUGUACACAGGGCUUGUCAUACAAAUUUAACACUGUGCUGUGAACGAGCUGCGGUUUCUCCACUGGAGGUAACUUCAAAAGCACCCGAGGGUGGAGUGUUCCUUCUGUGACUUUACUUUUCCCUACGUACAUUAAGUCUAAUCUCAUGGUUUCAUUCUGUUUCAGCCUCCUGUAUAAGAAGUACCGUAUUUUCUGCCCAUCACACUUUGUAAUAAAACUUGAACAUGUAUAGAUUGAA